AUGAUGGCGCCCUACUCCCAAGACAACAUCUCUCUUAAACCGAUGCCUCUAUCCAGUGAGACCUCCCUACACUCCGGCCUCAGCGCCAACAGCUACGACCCCGUCCCGCCUUCCAACACGACAAAGCAAGAUCCAUCAUUCUCACAAGCCGCCCUCGAAGACUUCCACCUCAAGCGCAGCAUUCGUAUCCUCAAACUCGUCUCCCGCCUCCUCGCCACGAUUCUGUCCGCAACGACUCUCGCCCCACUUCUCCAAACUCUCAUCAAAUUUCUCCGUACAAAAGACAUUUACUUCACCGUCGAGGGGCAAACUCGCACAGCCUGGGCCCACGACACGAUCGCAUGGUACACGUACAUGUAUGCCGCCGUGUCCGCAGUAUCGUUACUUCUGAACCUUGUCGUGCUGGGCGCAUACUUGCGAGGCGGGUUUCGAGGUGGGAACAAGGCGGCAGUGUACGAAUCUGGCUGGACGUGGUUCAUAUUCGGGGUGAACGUGGUUGUUUGGGCUGUCUCAGCUGGGAUAUAUCGAUAUGGGAAGGAGCCGGUUGAUGGGAAGUUUAGGAAUCUUUGGGGGUGGACAUGCAGUACGUCUGCGCAGGAGUUUCAGGAUGUUUUGACUAGUGUCGACUUUGAGAAGUAUUGCGGUGUGCAGACGAGUUCGUUCUACUCAGGUGUUGCGAAUGUGGCGACUAGUGUGCUGAAUUUAGUUAUCCUUGUGCUGAGCGUCAUGCGGUGCAAGACUAAGCGAAGAGUCACUGUCACGCCAGUCCAGAGGAGCGGGGACAUGGAGCCAUUGCGAUAUUGA